AUGGUCAACAAAUAUGAAGUAAAGGGUUGUAAGACAACUGCUAUCAAAGGGUCAAAAGUGCAUGUGUUUCCUAAAGAUAAUAUUUGCCGUUUAUGGGUAAAUGCUGUGCAACAAUAUCAACUAAAUUUCUUGCCAAGUCAACAGUCAAUUAUACGUAUUUCUGUUGAAGAAAUUGAAGUUGUUAUGGAUGAUGUAUUAUCCGAGAAUUCUGGAUCAUGCUUAUUUCCAUCAAUUAAGUCUGAAGUUUCUGACGAAGAAAUUGAAGUCAUUAUGGAUAACGUAUUAUGUUUUCAAAAAUCUUCAUCGGUGUUGUCCAAUGAAUCAGAUGCAGAAAUCAUUGUUCCAUUACCAAAAACUUUUGGACAAACUACAAAGGUAGAAAAUAAAAACGGCUGCAUUUAA